AUGGUCAGUCAGAAGGGACUGACUGCUCUUCAUUCAGUAUAUAAUGAAUAUGGGAAAGGCUACAAUCCCUGCAAACCACCCAAAGACCUUACUUUCUUUAUCACAGGUAACACAACAUUCCAGACCACAGGCAGCUUGACUUCAGUGCAGUCAAACUCCUCUGCAAAUGUGACCUUUGUUCGUCCUGCAACAUUCUUCAUCAGUGGCUUUUCUAAUUUCUCACAUGCAAAAUACUACUAUGUGUUUUUGUGUUUUGUAUAUGUUGUGACCAUUUUGGGGAAUUUAUUUAUCAUGUGUACUAUUUUAUUGGCCCGCAGACUCCACACAGCCAAAUACAUUGCUGUUUUUAAUCUGGCGCUUUCUGAUCUGUGUGGAAGCUCAGCUUUGAUUCCAAAACUCAUAGACAUGUUUUUAUUCGAGCACCAGCUCAUUUCAUAUGAAGCGUGUUUGAUGAAUAUGUUUUUUGUGUUUCAUUUUAUGAACAUUCAGUCUUUGACACUUCUCGCUUUGGCUUACGACAGACUGGUUGCUAUUUGUUUUCCUCUGCGGUAUCAUGCCAUUAUUACAAAAACAUCCAUGUCACUUCUUAUAGGAAGUAUGUGGAUGUUUUCCAUGGCUUUAUUUGCUGUACUCGUGGGAUUAGUCAACAGACUCUCUUUUUGUAGAUCUACUGUGGUGAAUAGCUAUUUUUGUGACCAUGGCCCUGUCAUCAGCCUUUCCUGUAACAAUAAUGACAUAAAUUACCUCCUGGCGUAUAUUUUUUUCGGUCUUCUAAUUUGUCUGCCGGUGAUAUUGAUAACCCUCUCGUAUUGUUGCAUUGCUGCGGCAUUGCUGAAGAUCGCUCAUGGUGCUGAUCGCAUCAAAGCCAUGAAAACAUGCACCUCACAUCUUGUGUUAGUGGCAGUUUUUUAUCUCCCAAUUUUAGGUGUAAAUGUUAAAUCGAUCUCAACAUCUAUUGAUCAAAACUCCCGGAUAAUUAACACUUCCCUGACACAGACAGUACCACCUAUGUUGAAUCCCAUCAUAUACACUCUAAAGACAGAGGAGGUCAUGCAAUCCAUAAAAGACCUGUACAAACGAUACAAGGUGAGCACUAUUACAGAAAUAAAUGUGAAACAGAGAAUGUAAAUAUAAGCUCUUGAUAUUUCACAUUUUGUCCUUAACGUUUUUGUUUAAUAAUUGUAUGAAAAGAAAAUGGCAUGUCGUUUGUUGCAUAUAAAUAACAGACAAGCUAUAUAAUUAUAAUGUACUUUAACAAACAUUCACUUAUUAUAUUAUUAUAAAAUAAUUGUUCAACUUCCUCAUGUGUGAUUACAAUUUAACAUCACAGUGUUUAAAUAAUAAUAAUAAAAACUGCACAGAUUUUUUUGUUGCUUUUUUGUUGUCAUUUCCACUGACACCACUAAGGUAGUUUUAUUGCAAAAUAUGAUUUAAAUUAAAUUUCAAGGUUGUUUCAACAACGGCUUAAUGUAAAUUACAUUUGUAUGAAAAAAUGAUGACAUAUGUUUUGAUGUACAUUGUCAAAGCUCAUAAGAAAAGGCAUUCAACUAGUCAUUCAACCCUAAGGUGACAUUUAGAGAAGCAAAGUCAAAUAUUUAAAGGGCUAGCAUAUCCUGAUAUUGCUGAGUUCUAUGUGUUCCUGGAGCAUUUUAUUCCAAAUAUUUAAUUUGACCAUAUCUCUACACCUAAACCUUACACAUUAGUACUGCUUAAAAUCAGAGGAAAUGAUGACACUGCCGUACAAGCACCAAACACUGACUGCAAGCCCAAACUUGCAACAACACAGUGUAAGUAAAGAAGGUCAAAUAUAGGUAAAAAGGUUAAAUAAAGCUUCUUUAAAAGAGCAAAGUACUAAAUCACAAAGACGGAACUACCAAGAAUGGUACGUAUUAUUUGCAUGUUGGCAUCAGCUUUCCUGACAUAAUCAUACACUGUAAAUAUGCAGCAUGUGAAUUACACUUUACAACUUUAGGCCUACAUUUGAAAUGAGAAGGCCUUCAGUGGAUCAACAGCUUUCAAAGGAUUCUGCAGUUUAACCAGGGGGAAUUUAUUUGCAAGUGAUGCUAUUGAGAAUUUUGGUUUUGAUCAAAGAUCAAACAUCCUUUGCCUAUCUGGACCCGUUGAUAUUGUCUAGGAUGAAUGAACAAUUGAGAAUUUAACUAUUUCUCAUGUUCGAUAAAAUCAAAUCAAAUAAAUACAAAUAAAUAUGGACGGUUCUUAAUCGCGCCAAGCGUAUCACAUAUCAUAAAUACUUUUGAAAACAUAUAGUACUGUUGCUUCACAGUAAGAGAAAGCAUAUAAAUGUUUUUUUUUUAAUGAGGACAUAUAAUAGAGUGAUACGUAGGGCGCACUU